GCGCUCGUCACGUGACCGGAGCCUGUUCUGAUGUUUUCCGGGAAGCGCUGGUAGUGUGUAUCCCCGGAGAUGGUGGGUGGCAGUCAGCUGGAGAAUGCCAAUCCGCUCAUCUACCAGCGGAGCGGAGAGCGCCAAGUGACCGCACGGGACGAGGAUGAGGAGCUGCACGACAAGAUCGACGAUCGAGAGAUAUUCGAUCUCAUUCGUUCCAUCAAUGACCCGGAGCACCCGCUGAGCCUGGAGGAGCUGAAUGUUCUGGAGGAGAUCCGGGUCAAGGCAGAUGAUGACGAGAGCACUGUGUCUGUGGAGUUCACUCCCACAAUCCCGCACUGCAGCAUGGCCACCCUUAUCGGUCUGUCCAUUAAGGUAAAGCUCCUGCGCUCUCUACCCGAGCGGUUUAAGGUAGAUGUCCAUAUCACCCCCGGUACACAUGCUUCAGAACACGCCGUCAAUAAACAGCUGGCAGACAAAGAGCGCGUGGCGGCCGCUCUGGAGAAUUCGCACUUGUUGGAAGUCGUGAACCAAUGCCUGUCUGCAAGAUCCUGACUCCGCCUGUACCAAGCGUCCGAUCGUUUACCACAGCCUGCUGCUAAUCUGCCUGUUCAUAGCUCUUAGUGCUGCUAUUGUCUUCUUGUGUUUUAUAACCAACAAUUUAUAGGUUGAUGUGUAUAAUAUAAGUGUGUUUUAUGUCA